UCUUCGACAGUCUUUCAAAGUGAAAUUAGUUCGAUACGUAAAAUCACCGUGGAAAGAUUAAUAGUUAACGAGAAAUAUGGAAUGUAGUGGUUUAUUUAACAAGGAUAUCAGAGUAAAAGAGGAACCCAAUGAUAUGUCGCUUAUUGAAAAUAAUUGUAAUAUGGCUGACGAGAUACCUGAUCUUAAAAACUUCCAACUUUUACCAAUUUUACAAGAAAAUUCAAAACAUAACCUUCGAAAAUUUAACUUGAAUCAUAACAGUAAAUUUGAUGACGAUGUGGAAAUAGUUGUUGAAUGUGAAGACGUCAAGCCAAACUUUAAUUCAUUAACAUGUAUUAAAAUUGAAGAUGAUUCUCCAAAUCUUUUGCGAAAUCUAAGAGACAGUGAUGUUUAUAAAACUCAAAACAUAAUCAAAACAGAACCCAUGGGUGAAGUGAAAAACGAAGUUUUUGGUGACGAUUUAGAAAAAUCAAAUUUGAAUUUUGAUCGUAAACUUGUGGAAAAAAAUAAAAAAAGAAGUAAAAAAAAGUUUAACAACGAACAUAACCUCAAAUCACAUAUCGAUACAGUGAAUAGGAUUAAUACCCAUGCAUGCAAUAUUUGCACAAAGACUUUUAAACAAAAGAGUAAUUUGAAUACGCACGUUCGAUCAGUUCAUAAUGGUAUCACUGUUGCAUGUGAUAUUUGCGGGAAAAAAUUCACAAAAAAGCAUAGUCUCAAAGUCCACAUCGAUAUAUUGCAUAGAGGUGUCAGACAUGUUUUAAGAGUCGCUUAA